ACCGGCUCGCGGCCUACCUCCUCGAAGACCCUCUACAGCGGCAAGCACGCCAUCGAGUACGAGGACAUCGUGUCGGGCCGCGGCGUCCUGGCCGUCUACCAGUGGAUCACCGCCGAGCACAAGGAGGCUGCCAAGUAUGAGUCGGCCGAGGAGAUCAGCACGGCCGCCUUCCGCGAGGACCCGUGCCCCUUCGCCACCAAGGCGCUGCUCAUCCACUACAGGUUCCUGAUGCGUGUGGCCAAGAACCUCUGCGUGGGGCUGCAGGCCAAGGGCAUGUUCCUUGCCGGUGACAACCAGGUGGUAAACAACCCCUUCUUCGAGAAGCACCUGCCGGAGAUGAGGGCCGAGUUUUUGGAUCACCCCAAGCCCGACUGGAUCGACAAGGUGGAGCUCUACACCCAGACGGAGAGCUUCAACAUCAACCUCCACGGCGCCCUCUACUACGCGCGUACCGACCAGCGCUGA